CAUUCAUUUUUGGACGAGCCCCAUCAAACCUUCUCUCUUUAUUCCCUGUACGGAUAAGGUGCCAGGCCUAAGGUAUCCAAUCUCAAUCGUCCUCUCGCCCAAACCAUGGAGAAGAGCCGGGUGCUGGUGGUGGGCGGCACCGGGUUCAUCGGCCGGCGGAUCGUGCGGGCGAGCCUGGCGGAGGGGCACCCGACGCUGGUCCUGAUGCGGCCGGAGAUCGGCCUGGACAUCGACAAGCUCCAGAUGCUGCUCUCUUUCAAGGCGCAGGGCGCGCGGCUGGUGGAGGCGUCGCUGGAGGACCACGCGGCGCUCGUCGCCGCCGUGGCGCAGGCCGACGUGGUGAUCUCGGCCAUGUCCGGCGUGCACUUCCGCAGCCACAACCUCUCCCUGCAGCAUAGGCUCGUCGAGGCUAUCAAGGAGGCCGGCAACAUCAAGCGUUUUAUACCAUCAGAAUUCGGCAUGGAUCCAUCCAAGAUGACGCAUGCUCUUGAACCAGGAAGGGUUACAUUUGAAGAAAAGAUGGACCUAAGACGGGCAAUAGAAGAGGCCAACAUUCCCCACACCUAUGUUUCUGCCAAUUGCUUUGCUGCUUACUUUUGCCCAAACCUAUGUCAAAUGCGUACCCUUUUGCCACCCAAAGAGAAAGUUCAUGUAUAUGGAGACGGCAAUGUCAAAGUUAUAUUUUGUGAUGAAGACGAUGUUGCAACAUAUACAAUGAAGUCUGUUGAUGAUCCUCGCACAUUGAACAAGACAAUAUACCUGAGACCACCAGAAAACAUCUUGACUCAAAAUGAUGUUAUCUCAACAUGGGAAAACCUUUCUGGAAAUGUUCUGGAGAAAAUCCACAUUCCUGCGGAUGAAUUCUUGGCUUCAAUGAAAGGAUGUGCAGAUACUGACUUCGCCAAUCAAGUUGGAGUGGGACACUAUUACCACAUUUUCUAUGAAGGUUGCUUGACAAACUUUGAAAUUGGUGAUGAUGGAGCAGAGGGUACUCUAUUGUACCCAGAGGUUCAGUAUACCCGCAUGGACGAGUAUAUGAAAAGAUAUGUAUAACUACUAAAGUAAACUUGUCUGAACUAAACAGUUGUUGUAUGUGACCUUUAGUUGCAUGGACGAGUACAUGAAAACAUAUCUGUAACUGCAAAAGUAAACUCAUUGUUGGCUUCUGUGAGUGAAUCACUUGUUGUAUGUGAUCUUUUCGGGUUAUUGUUGCUUUGUUGUAUUACUCA